AUGCCUCAAUCAGUCAGUCACCAGAACCGGGGACAACCAACAGGAAACAUCAAGGCCGUCUCGACGGAGGGUCUGAUUAAUAUCAAUGGAGUGAUGUACCGACGUCUGCCGAAGUCGACGCCGACGCCGAUGCCAGUGCAAAUCAUCGCUCAACAACAUUCAUCAAGUGUCUCCGUCAAAUAUUCUGUUGCUGAUGCUGCUCCUACCGCCUCAAAGCCCAUCACCGCCACCAAUGAAGAGGUGAUGACGGCCAGCCAAAGCUCAUCAGCAUCACCACCGCCGUAUGACAUAGAAAAGGACCCCAAGUUCAUUGAGCUGAUGGACUUCAUUGGCGAGGACGAGGCCGAAAAUGACGACCGCGAUGAGUGCAUACUGAAGUGCAUUGCCAAGAUGCGCUCCUUUGCCAGAAGCGACGCCUUCACCGAUGAGGCGGUGGCCGAGUUGAUCAUCUUUUUCGGCCGCCCUAUUGUGCCCUGUGUCCGCGACCAGGACGAGAACAAAGAGUGCAGCAAUCCAAAGGUGCACUGUCGUUGUGCGGUGGCCAGAAAGCUGCAAGAAAGUGAAGCCAUUGCCGAAGGCAGGGCCACCCCCAUUGCCGGCUCCCUAGCCUACCGGAAGCUGGCGGAGGAGCGCAAGGCAGUGAUCAAGGCGCAACAUGAUGCCCUGUUCUGGCAGAACAAGGCGGAGGUGAUGGCCGCUCAACUGCGCCACCUGCACGGCAUCGAGCCAUCGGUAGUGCUGGAAACAGAGAAGGAGGUUGUAAAUGGGACAAAGGGGAGUGUCACCUCUGCAGCACAACAGAAGCAGAACUCGGACGAUUCGGACGACUUGGACAACUCAGUGGACUCAGAAGACUCAGUGGACUCAGAGGUGGAGGAGGACCUAGUUCGCUUCGUCCGCACAAAGGUGCCCCCACCGGCGCCCCUCGUCUUCCAGACGCCUCGACUGGAGGUGCAGCGACUGCAACAGGCCGUUGUGCCCACCUACAUGCGCCCCAAGGGUUUCCUAAAGCGGCCAGAGCUGAAGGGAACGGAAGUAGUUAAACAGAUCCUCAGCUCAUCAGCCAAAAAGAGCCAAGACGAUGCCAGUGUCAGAGCCGCCACUCUGGCUAAACUUUCUGCUGGUGUUGGGGCAAAUUCAAAAUUAAAUGCUGCUAAUCACGGUCGACGACUGGAUAUGACGACCAAAGUCGGAACUGGAGUAACGACAAUGAAGACAACUGUCGUUGAGACUCGACCAAAACCGUCGCAAAAAACCGUGAGUGGCACUUUGAUUGCGGAAGAUCACCACUCCAAAGCUGCAGCCGUGUCUUCAGCCUCAUCAUUGGCAUCAACAACAACAGCAACAACAAUAUCAUCGCCUGUGAUCGUCAGACCAAAGGCCAUUGCUCGUCGUCAAUUGUCUUCACUGACAACGACACCGGAAAAACAACAACAGCAGCAGCCUGUUUUUACCUCAUCCUCUGCUUCUACCUCUGAAAACACUGCUGUUGUUCAAGACCUAUCGAAAAAGAUCUCACCUUCAGCUGAAAAUGUAUCUGUGAUCCCAUCUCCACUACCAUCGACGUCAUCACCACCUGUCACUACUGCAGCACCAACUUCAGCCAUCAUUCCGGAAACAGUUGCUGAAAGUGUUGACAUCGCCGAGAAAAUGGAUGCAGAGUUGUCGACAACUGAAGAAGUUCUCAUCAAAUCUUGUGAUCAUUCUAUUGAUAAUUUAACUGGUGAAACAGUGGUUUCAAACAUUGUUGAGGAUGCCAGCCAUAGCAAAGAUAAUGAUUUUACAAACAACACUUCAGUAGAAAUUGACAAUGCUACUUGUUCAAUCAUUGAAACAGCAACUGGAGAUGAUGACAUCGAAAACAUGGACGUGGAGUCGUCUUCAACUGAAAAUGAUGUUUUAAGUAUCGAAUUUUCUAUCGCAGAGUCUCUCAAGAUUCUAAAUGAAUGCACCACUGUUCCACACAUGGACAUUGCCGAAAAUGUUGAAAAUGCCAGCAAAAACGAGAAUAAGGACGAGCCUACAAAGGGAAAUGAGGAAGCUAGCGAUUUCUCUGUUGUCAUUCAUUCAAAUGAAAAUAAUGCUUCAAUUUCAAACAUCGUUGUUGACAAUAAUGCAGCCCUUUUGAUCACUUCUGAAACAACAACUGAAAAUGGAGACACAGAGAACACAGAAGUGGACUUGUCGACAACUGAAGAUGGCUCUAUUGAAUCAUCUAUCGUUAACUCAGCUGACAAAACAAUGGAAUCAAACAUUGACAUUGUUGCUAAAAAUGCUCAAGAUACCACCAGCAAAAAAACCAGCAAUCCUUCAGAUGCAGUUGACGAUGCUGCUAUUCUUUCGAUCUCUGCUGAAACAUCGGCUAAAAAUGCCGACACCAAAAACAUGGAUAUGGAGUUGUCGACAAUUGAGGAUGUUUUUACUGAAUCUUCUGAGCAAAAUCUUUCUAUUAGUAACUCAGAUGGCAAAACAAUGAUAGCAAACGAUGGUGAGGAUGCUAGCAAAAACAAAGCCAACAACAGCACAUAUUCAGUAGUUGAAAAUGCUGCUACCCUCUCAAUCUCUGCUGAAACAGCAAUUGAAAAUGUUGAUCGCAACGAGAACAUGGAAAUAGAGUCGUCCACAACUGAAAAUAAUGUUUCAAGUAUUGACUACUCUGUCACCCAGUCUAUCAGCAUUCUAGCUGAAAACACCACCGCUUCAAACAUCGACAUUGGUGAGAAUGAUAAAAAUGCCAAGGAUGCUCAAAACGAGGAUAAAGAUGCAAGGGAUGAGAAUGAAGAUACUUUUGAAUCUUCUGCAGUCGCUCAUUCAAUUGACGGUUCUGCUGUUACCACUUCAAACAUUUGUGUCGAAAUUGAUGCUGAUGAACCUUCAACAAUUGUUGAUAGCAGCGAGAAUUUAGUCGACAAAACUGAUUUAAGUAUUAACAUUGCUGAGGGCGCUGAGAAUGCCAGCAAAAACGAGGAGGAGGACGUGACUAUGAACGAUAAAAAUCAAGAGACUAGCGGAUCCUCUGCAGCCAUUCAUUCAAUUAUCUCCUCCGCAAUUGAUGAGGUUGCAAUCUCAAGCAUCGUUGUUGAAACUGAUGCUAAUGUCCCAAACAAAAGCAAAGGUAUGAAUGUGUCUACAAAUGACGAUGAUGACCUUUCUAACAAUUAUUUUGCAGAUGACCAAUUUUCUACAAACAACAACACAGUAUUAGAAAAUGCUGCUCCUUCAAUCAUUGCUGAAACAGUGGCUCAAAGUGUGGACACCGAGAAAACGGAUGUGGAACGGUCGACGAUUGAGGAUACUUCUAUUAAAUCUUUUGAGCACUCUAUCAGUAAUUCAGAUAUUAUCAAAACAACAGUAUCAAAGAUUGUUGAAGAUGCCAGCAAUAUCAAAGGUAAAAAAGUGCCAUCAAACGACGAUGAUGACCUGUUCAACAAAUUUUUCACAGACAAUUCAACCAACAAGAACGCUUCUUCAGGAGUUGAAAAUGCUGCUACCCUUUCAAUUUUUGCUGAAACAACCGUUGAAAGUGUUUCCACCGAGAACAUGGAAGUGGAGUUGUCCACAACUGAAAAUGAUGGUUCAAGUAUCGAAUUUUCUAUCGCAGAAUCUAUCAAGAUUUUAACUGAAAACGCCAUCGUUCCAAGUCUGGACAUUGCUGAGAAUGCUGAGAAUGCCAGCAAAAACGAGAAUAAGGACGUGCCUACAAAAGAAGAUAAGAGAGUUAGCAACUCUUUUGUUGUCAUUCAUUCAAAUGAAACUGAUACUACAACUUUAAACAUCGAAAUGGACAUUGAUGAUUCUGAAAAUGGCAAAUGUGCCCAAAACAAGAAUAAGGAUGCACCUACUAGCGAUGGGAAUGAAAAAGUUUGCGAAUCUUUUGCAGUCGCUCAGUCAAUUAACGAUUCUGCAACCACCAUUUCAAACAUUGGUGUUGAAACUGAUGCUGAUGCCCUUUCAAUCUUUGCUGAAACAACGGUUGAAAAUGGAGACACUGAGAACACAGAAAUGAAUUUGUCGACAAAUGAAGAUGGCUCCAUUGAAUCAUCUAUCGUUAACUCAGUUGACAAAACAAUGGAAUCAAACAUUGACGUUUCUGAGGUUGCUGAUGAUGUCAACAAGAAGAACGAGAAUAAGGACGUGUCUACAAACGAUGUAGAUGAAAAGGCUAGCAAAUCCUCUGCUAUCGUUCAUUCAAUCAGCUCUUCCGCAAUUGAUGACGUUGUAAUCUCAAGCAUCGUUGUUGAAAUUGAUGCUGAUGCUCAAAGCAAAAACAAAGAUGACGAACCUUCGACAAGCAGCAGCACAGUAUUAGAAAAUGCCGCCUCUUUAAUUACUGCUGAAACGACGGUUAAAAGUGUUGACACCAAAAGCAUGGAUGUGGAGUUGUCGACAACUGAGGAUGUUUCAAUUGAAUUCUCUAACCAUUCCAUCAGUAACUCAGAUGGCAAAACAAUGGUAUCAAGCAGUGCUGAGGAUGCCAGCCAAAACAAAGAUGACCAACCUUCCACAGGCAACACCGCAGUUCUAGAAAUCGCUGCUUCUUCAAUUGCUGCCCAAACAGCUGCGGAAAUAGUUGACACCGAGAACAUAGAUACAGAGUUGUCGACAGUUGAAAAAGAUGUUUUGAGUGUCGCUUCCUCUGUUACCCAGUCUAUCAGCACUCUAAUUAAGAACACUUUCGCGUCACUCCUGAACAUUGGGAAAGGUGCUGAGAAUGCCAACGAAAACGAGAAUAAGGACGUGCCUACCAAGGACAAAGAUGAAGAGACUAGCGAAUCUCCUGCUGUCUUUCAUUCAAUUGACACCUCUGCAAUUGACAAUGCUACUGCAACUUCAAGUAUGGAUGUUGAUGCUGAAACCGAGAAAAACGAAAACAAAGUGCCUAUAGACGACGACGGCGAUGAAAAGGCUCAAGAUUCCUCUAUUGACAUUCAGUCAAUCGACAAUGUUGCUGCUAUAUCAAACAUUGUUGUAGAAACUGGGGCUGAUUCCCAAAGCAACAUCAAAGAACAACUUCCAACUAUCAACGCCUCAGUUGCCGUUGACAAUGCUGCCCUUUCAAUUACUGCUGAAACAACUGCUGAAAGUGGUGACACAGAGAAAAUGGAUGAAGACAUGUCUACAAAUGAAAAUGUUUCAGCUGAGCUCUCAAAUCAUUCUGACACUAACUUACAUGGCAAUACUAUUUCAAACAUGGACAUUGCCAAAGAUGCUGAAAGUUCCAGCAAAAGCAAAAAUAAGGAUCUGCCUACCAAAGACAAAGAUGAAGAGACUAGCGAAUCCACUGCUGUCAUUCAUUCAAUUGUCACCUCUGCAAUUGACAAUGUUACUGCCAUUUCAAUCAGUGCUGUUGAAACCGAAAUCGAGAAAAACAUGAACGAAAUGCCUACAAACGACGGAGGUGAAAAGGCCAGCAAAUCCUCUGCCGUCGCCCUGUCAAUUGACGACGUUUCUACUUCCACCAUCACCACGAGUUCAAUCAUCGAGGUUGAAAAUGCUACCAAAGAUGCCGAAAUCGAGACAAACGAGGACCACCUGCCAGCAAAGGACAACGAAAAAACUAACGAAAUCUCUUCUGAGGUCUUUCAAUCAAUUACCUCUGCAACUGCCCCUGCUGCUGACAGCCAAGUUGAGCAAUUGGAACUGACCACCACUACCACCAUUACUACUUCUACUGGUGUUGAAAACAAGAGCUGUUUGCAGAUGGCACCCAACACCGAUACGCCCGUACCUGAAAAACGAAAACGAGGUCGUCCGCGCAAAGACGAACAAACCAAGGCGGCGGAUCUGGAGAAACGGCUGCAGGCCAAGGCAAAAACAGCAGUCGUUGACUCGGAAAAUCGACGAAAGUCCACCCGAUCUCUCCGAGUGGCAGUCCACCAGCCCAGUACUUCAAAGGUGGCCACUCCCAGUGCUGAGGUGGGUCUGCCUGCAGUACCGGCGCCCAAACCCAAGCCUACGCAUGAACAGACACCGAAAACGACUUCGACACUGACAACGACACUGACACCGAAAACAACUUUGACGCCGACUCCGACUCCGACAUCAGCAGGCAUCGACACUCCGGUGAAACGAGGACGAGGUCGACCGCGCAAGUAUCCUCGGCUAGGGGAAUACUCCAUUGGAUCAACUCAAACUCCGGUAAAUCCGCCGCCGCUUCCGCCGCCUCAACCAGUUGAAGUUGAAAUGGUUGACAUUCAAAACCAGGUUCGAAAAUCAGCUUCAACAGCAGCAGCAGCAAAAGCACCUGUAGCAUCAUCAAAAAAGAAGGUGACUAAAAAGGAUGUUGCAACACCUUCUUUUUCUCCAGCACCGACUCAAUCAUCGGCAUCACCAUCAUUAGUUGCCUCUACGAAAGGAGCAAAUGCAACUGUGGCUGCUUUUAACGAUAAUGAUUUAUCACCACAAGACAAGCUCAAUUCGAUUUUGCCCGUUCGAACUUCAGCACGAAUUGCCAGCAGGAAAAGCCGCAUCCGUGAAAGUUUGGCAAAGAAAGGCGAUGCUGAUGCUGAUGAUGGUGAGGGUGACAGCAACAACCACAGCAGUGCCAAAAAGCAGAAAAUGUUAAAGUCAAAAUCAGAGUCGGUAAAAAUGAGUCGCACUUCCACUUUCACUUCAGCAGCCACCACCAAAAUUCUCAGCUCACGGGUGCCCAACUACAAAAAGCUAACUCCUCAAGCUUUUAAACUUGCCUGGGUAGAGGGCACGCCUACUGAAAAAAUCCGUAAAUGGUCUUACUACUGUCUCUGGCCGAACUGCGGUCACAGGAACGGUUCUCGGUGGAACAUGGAAGCGCACUUGCGUAAGACGCACCUCAGUCUGCCCAAGGAGGUGUCAAAAACCAUACAGAUAGUGGGUGCUUCUGUUUCUAAAUCAUUUACUUCGGCCAUUCUUGGAACUUUGGUUGACAAGGGACUAGUUCACUAUGAUGAUCCGCUCAGCAAAUACUUAAAUGAAUCAAUUUUUCCUGCCAAGCAAUACAACAAUAAAACAGCCACAAUCACAUUGCGUCACUUACUGAGCCAUAGCGCUGGAGUGCAUGUAAUGGAAGAUAUUCUUAAAGAUUUAGGCAUUGUAGUCAUCGCUCAAAAUGAAGUCACUUCAACUACUCCAACUAUGGGUUUCAGCNCAUUGCGUCACUUACUGAGCCAUAGCGCUGGAGUGCAUGUAAUGGAAGAUAUUCUUAAAGAUUUAGGCAUUGUAGUCAUCGCUCAAAAUGUAACGCAAACAAUUGCCAAGUUUAAAGAUUUACCAUUGCAAUUUCAACCAGGAAGUCACUUCAACUACUCCAACUAUGGGUUUCAGCUAAUUGGAGCUGUCAUUGAAUCGGUCACUAAAAAGCCUUAUCAG